AAAAAAAAAAAAAGGAGGUGUUGGCCGGCGGAGGUGAAGUGCAAGGAUCAAGGGCAGAGCCAGAGCCCUAGAAAUGUUUUCACUCUCAAGGCUUCUCGAGAGGUCGUCGCGCCCAUGCCUCCAGCGAGCCGCUUAUCAACUCCGUUCUGCUCGGACCGGCGCUGCCGGAAAGCACCUAAAGUUCGGUGCGGCGGCGCUGAAGAAGGCCGACGACAAGUCGGAAUGGUGGGCGGUCGACGGCGAGAUGCACGAGAUCGGCGAGAAUGUUCCGCCCAGGGAAAGGUUCGUGAUCCCCCGAGAUAACAUCCCCAACAAGCGCCGCAAGCAGCUCAGAGAACAGUUCAUGCGCCGCACUCGUCUGGUUCUCAAGGAAUCUGAACAUGAGCCCUGGUGCAAAAGGUAUAUGGAACUUUAUAAUGAGCUUAGAGAGAACUGGGAGAGGCUGUACUGGGAUGAAGAUUACUCCAAGAAACUAGCUCGGGAUCAUGCUAACUAUGACUCUGCUGAAGAAGAUGAUCAAGAUUUUUCACCAUACCGGAGAAGGCAACCUCAAGCUCAGCAAAUGAAGGUUCAAGGCAUGGGAAGAAAUAUUCAAGAUGAAACCUGGGUAAAGGUUAACCAGAUUCGUGAUAAGUUUGAAUACGACAGAGAGAAGAGGAUGAGAGAAAGAGCCUUCGCACCCAUGCAAGAAGGAAUUGGUUUUGACUCGGAUAAUUCGCCCUCCAAGACUGGGCCCUUCGACACUCAGAGAUACUUCCCUGAGUCUGAAAGAGGCCGAGAUUGCUAACUGGCAACGAACAAUUCUCCUGGUUGUACAUUCUCAUACAAAGGGAACCUUAUGAUUCUGUAGCAUUUUACUUGGUCAAGUAUUUGUAGGGUCUGUUUGGUAUUGCUGCGCUUUUGAACCGCAACAACUCUUUAUUUACUUUUUUGAGAAAUUAGUGUUUGAUAAAAGUGUUGGUACUUUGGAGCCGUAUCUGUUCUUCCAAACAAGCAGGUUAAACUGCAUAAGCAUGUCUACUCAUGCUUUUUCUGGAAAAAGUACCACAACUUUGUUGGA